AUAACUAGUGACCAGGGAUGGACUGACCAUUUGGAAACUCGGGCACUUCCCAAGGGCCCGGGGUCAGUAGGGGGCCCCAUGAGAUGCCCCUGGUACCUUUUUCAUAGGCUUUUUUGAGUUUGGGCAAGGACACAGGGGUCCCAUGAUCCCCUAUUGCCCGGGGGCCCCAUGAGUUGUCAGUCUGCCCCUGCUAGCUAUUUUGAAUUUGACACAUGAUCCCCUAUUGCCCGAGGGCCCCAUGAGUUGUCAGUC